AGGCCGGGGCGGGGAUCCCGCGGCACGUCACUUCCGUUUCUGUCGUGGUGCGGAGGAGCCGCGCGUGGAGGAGGACAAUGCCUAAGUCAAAGGAACUUGUGUCUUCAAGCUCAUCUGCCAGUGAUUCAGAUAGUGAAGUUGACAAAAAGGCAAAGAGGAAAAAGCAAGCAGCUCCAGAAAAGCCCGUAAAGAAACAAAAGACUGGUGAAAGUUCAAAAGGUGCAGCUUCUUCUAAGCAAAGCAGUAACAGAGACGAGAAUAUGUUUCAGAUUGGCAAAAUGAGGUAUGUCAGUGUUCGUGACUUUAAAGGGAAAGUCUUAAUUGAUAUUAGAGAAUAUUGGAUGGAUCAAGAAGGUGAAAUGAAGCCUGGCAGAAAAGGUAUUUCUUUAAAUCCAGAACAGUGGAACCAGCUGAAGGAACAGAUUUCUGAUAUUGAUGAUGCAGUAAGAAAACUGUAAAGACAGAGCCAUACAGAAACUUUAAUCAUUUCAGUUGUUUUAAGCAGUCUUUUUACAUUGGCUUUUGUUUUCUAAAAUAUUGUUUUCCAAGCUAUUGUAUAUUUGGAUUGCAAAACAAUUUGUAAGAUGAAUACUUUUUUUAUGUGCAUUAAAAGUGUAUUCUGAGUGAGGCUAUUUGUGUAUACUUUACUAAAAGGAAAUGUGAUGCUUUCACCUCAUGGUGUAAAAUAAACAAAUCAAACAAUAUGUAAAGCAUACUUGUUUACAGCCUUUUGAUUAAAGGUGUUUGCUGAUAAGGCCACCUGAUAGCUUUAGUCUUUGGUUUAGUUUCAGUUUAGUUAACAGUUAAUAGGAAUUUAUUUUCUGAGAAGAUUUCUUAAAAUGUCCCCAUGUAAUUUUUUCUUUUCUUUCAUACUCUUUGGUAUUGCUCUCACAGCGUUAUGCUUUAAGACUUGAUACAAACAGUGAAUACUUGGUAAAACACGUUUUUGUAGAUAGUUUUAAAUACUGUAUUUGCUAAUUUACCCUAUUUAUUCAGAUGUAAAGAGUCCUGAGUAUAUAGACUUUUUUGCAUUACUUGCAUGAAGUGUUAUGCUAAACAAUAACACUUGAACACAAGCCACGUGCUAUUUCUUCACAUUUUUCUAUAGCUUGCUUGACUUAGAAAAUACAGUUAGCCUUUUUCUUGGACCCUAGGAUUUAGAAUGUGAUGCAUAAACUUUUACAGUAAUAGACAUAUACCUCAGAGUAAGGUAGUAUUUAAAAGCUCCAAAUGUGGUUAUUAGUUAGGUACCCUUUUCAAGUUUUACAUUAAGUUCAUUCUUGAACACAUACUAACAUACUAACUAGUUAUUCUAUAGAAAAGAACAGUUAACCUGUCUUUGUAGGGCUUUUGUUUGUUUGAGAGUAUUGCAUAAACGAUGAUGCUUAAAUUAGGCUGUAAUACAGGUUCAACAGUCAAACAGGGUUAAAAUUGCUUCAGCCAAAAUGUCAGGCUAUCAUGCUCCUGCCCUGGCCACACUGCCUGUCCAAACCACUUAACUUGGCUUGCUUUGUGUGGCUUACAUGCGCACAGUGGUUUUGUCUUUUGUACAGAAGAUACUUAGCGCUUACCGUGGAGUGCUGGUACAUAGCAGAUCAUGACUAGCGAACUUCGCUUGUCAACCAUUUUUCUGUUCUCAUAAAAGAGAAGCUUCUAUCUGUGGGAAGCUCUAUUAGACUAGAUGCUGCCCCAGUUGAAGGGCUUCUUGGUAGGUGUCACAAGCAAUGAAGAAGGGAAGAUAUGAUGGUUGAGUAGAACUUGGUGAGAGAAGGGGCAUGCCAGUAUGGAAGUUAAUGGUGAAAGAUCAAAGUUAACUGACACAUAAUAACUGCAGUGAAGAAAUGUAUGUUAGUGGAAUUGGAGAAGAGUUAAUUUUCUGACUCAGUGCAAUUAAUCGAAGGAAGAAGAUGAAACAACUUCAUGAAAAUUGACAUUUCAAGACUAUGUACUGGAUGUACAACUUAAUUGGUUCGGCUUUAAUUUUCCCAUUAGAUGUUAAAACUAAUGUAUUUUUUAAAUUUUGUAUAGAUAAACUGGAUUUACUAUAUGCUUAAUUUUGGAAUAUCUUAAUAUAAUUGUUUAUAUUGCAGACAUGCAUGGAAGUGCCAUACACAGGCUGUUCAUGUGCUGCAGAGUUUAUAAUUCAAUGCAAAUAGGUAUUGAAGGGUGAGGAAGUGUGGCUUCAUCAAAUUAAAUAUGUAUUAUUGAAUUUAAAUAUUAUGACAGAUACCUCCACCUGCUUUUUAACUCACCCAUUGUUGACAUAUUACAAAUAAAGUUAAGAUCCGUUUUUGUAUAGCUCAGGAAAUCCGAGUUUUUAAGAACUGCUUGAGGGUGAAUAAAAAGGUGAAGAUACGUUCUGUGGUAGCAGAUGCAUUUUUAGGCACAACAUUCUUUUUUGAGUGACUCUUACAGGCAUGUAGGGAUAUUUGGACCAAAUAGAAUAAAUAUGAAAUAUCUGCUAAAAUUUCACGGAUGUGUAAAUGAAAUAAAUUGCGUCAGAUGACUAUUGACAGGCUUUAGGUAUUUUUUAUUUGCGGCAUGUGUAUGUGAUUUUUUUCCUUUAAAUCUGAAAUUUUGCAACCAGAUUUCACCUAUUUUACCUCAAAGCUUCCAUGUGCAUGAUUAUAUUAGUGGGAACAUUGUUCUCACGUAGAUUACUGUGGUAGUAGGUCAUUGGAUGGCAGUUGUGUAUCGGAGUACAAUAUAAUUCCGUGCAGGAGGGUGGAGAAUUAAAGUCAUUCACUUGGGAGUAAGUGAAAAAGUUUUAAUAUAGUGAUUAGUUCUCUUGUGGAAACUGACGGUGGAGUUAUUCAAAGAAAUUGGUAUUUGUUAAUCGAGAACUAUUAGUUCCUGUGUAUAGACAAGCCCUUGCUGAAUUUGCGGUGAUAAUUACUGGAGCUGUUUAUCCCAUUUUGCUUGAUAAAACUUGGGGCAGUUUGAUUUUACUUAGCUUGUGUUUAAAAAUAGUUUUCCAUUGGCCAGUUAUAUUUCUGCCUGUAAUAAUGAUAAAAUAUCAUAUAUUUUACCUGAGCCAAUCUUAAGAUAUGCAUGAAUGUCUUACAAAAAAGGUAACUAACUAACUAACUAAACCAGUCAGUUUCACAAAUGAACUCAAAAUAGGAUGAGCUGAAUUGUGAGGGAAUUAAUUGCACCUCAGAUGAUUGAUGUGCUUGUUCCUUGAUAAAAAGUUCACACAUACAAUGUUAUUUUGAAAUAAAUAGUUGGUAGUGAUUCAUCAUGUAAUUGUCUAUGGCUGUAGUCUUUCUAAUUUGAGAAAAAAAUUCAGGGUUUUUUUUGAACAAAGAUUAUUUUCUUGCAGACAAAAUGGUAGUUAGGGUACAUGUGGAAGUGUCCAUGGAAGAAAAUUGUGCAUGUAUGAAAAGGAUGUGUAAUAGGAGAUAAAAACACUGCUCCUUUUCCCAUUGAAGUGGCGAAAGAUGCAUUUGAUUCUUGAUAUUUAUGCAGGGCAUAUUAGCAAUAUGUUUUAUAAAUUAAAUUUACAAUGGAGUUUAGGAGGAAAAAUACAUUACAGUUAGUGCUGCCAAAGUACCAUAUGUGUGUGAUAAACUGUCAUGUACAAUGUUGCUCUUAUGUAGAGAUGUUCAUAUUGAAAUUAAACAAAUGAAGUACUAAGUUUGAUAUUUCUGUUAAAGGAAAUGCCCCAGUUACGUACUACUUAUGUGAUCUGUUAGCAAAAAAAAAAAAGAAGAUUGUAAUUCUGGUAACUCAAAUGUCAUAUUGUUAACCGUGUGGAAUGUUUCAUGUUUUGCUCUGGUGGUAUCGACUGCAGAGAGGCCACUGGAAAUAUGAGCCCUCCAACUGUAAUUACCUUAAUGUUCAAAUAAAAAAUCGUUAAAUGGCAUACGUGUAAUAACAGUUUGAACACUUGGAAAUAAAUGAAGACUUCAGUUGA